AUGACGGCCUCCCGAAGUUGGUUUUCGUCUUCGCCUGCCGGGCAGCCCUUCAUCCACAACCUCUCCCAGAUAACCCGCAGCCUUUACAUCAGCAGUGGGGUGGCCGCCAAUAACAAAUUCCUUCUGUCUAGCAAUCACAUCACCACGGUCAUCAACGCUUCAGUGGAGGUGGUGAAUACGUUCUACGACAACAUCCAAUACUUGCAGGUACCUGUGACUGAUACUCCCAACUCACACAUCUAUAACUUUUUCGAUAUUAUUGCUGCUCACAUCCACAGCGAGGACAUGAAGCAGGGCCGAACGCUGCUACAUUGUGUUGCGGGAGUGAGUCGAUCAGCCACCUUCUGCCUUGCGUACCUCAUGAAAUACCACGCCAUGACCUUGCUGGAUGCCCACGCCUGGACCAAGAUGCGACGCCCCAUCAUCCGGCCCAACAACGGCUUUUGGGAACAGCUGAUCCAUUAUGAAUUCAAACUGUUCAGCAGGAACACUGUAAAAAUGAUCAGCUCGCCAGUGGGUGUGAUUCCUGACAUCUACCACAAAGAAGUCCAGUUGAUGAUGCAGAUGUGA